GUCCGUUCCCCCCUCUGCCGUAUCUCGGCCGUUUCAUUCUUCAUACUCAGCCCACCUGCAGCCCCCUAAAACUUCUCCCGACUACAACAUAACAGGCAGCGGUCGCAGGGAAUACCGGGAUUUGUAGUCCACACCUGGGUAACUGUCCUCCUCACUCCACCAGUGUUUACUACAAUGUGAACUACAACUCCCGGCACCCCGUGCGGCUCUGCGUGCAGCCAAUAGGAGCACAGGAGCGAAUGUUGUACUGGAAGUGGCGGCCGCAGCGAGUGAUGGCUCCUCACAGAGACUGCAGACCAUGAUCGGUCUCCUCUGUGGCCCCCAGCGUCUGAAGAUAAGUGUACCCCUGGAGUGAGAUAUGGAGGUGGACGGUGAGACGGGGGAGGGGGACUGCAGGACAUGGUGGACGCAGGAGAACAACAUCAUCAUCAGGACAUGGCAGGAUUCAGAAACCUGUCCGGACUCUCACACCAGGAGGCAGAGGAGGCAGCAGUGUCAUUCCGACCUAAUCCACCUGCUCCAGAAAAUACAAGGGUUACCCCCGGCACCCCACACCCUGCCCCUGGAGCUGACUGUCUUGUACAAUAUGGUGAUCGUUCACAGUAAUAUAUCUGCUGGUGGAUUCCUCGCUGAGCACUCGGUGCAGGUGCAGGACGCCCUGAACAGAGUGAUGGAGGCCCUGGUACUGGGUGACACAAUCGGCACCGGGCUCUGGGUGAAGAUUCUUGCCGCUGACCUUUCCCUGGAGAUGACCUCUGCCCUGCACAGACUGGCCGGGCUGCAGUGUGCCCUUUGGUUGUCAAAUGGUCAACUGCGUGAUGCUGGGGAACUGCUUUCCUUACUCGGCCGUACUCCAGACGUCCAUAAGUGUUCUCACAAGGAAGGUGACCUGUUACUGCUGAUCAAAGCAUGGAAUGUGUCACCAGAGGAGCCAGAGACCAUUCUCACAGUACAGACCACCAAGCAUGUAAAGGACGUCCUGUACAAUGCUGCUGCUCUGCUCCAAGGUGUCAUUGCGAUGAAUGCAUCGGAUUUUCCCCGGGCGGUGGAUUUCCUUCAGGAGGCUGCCAGCAGUCUGUGUUCUAGCAGGGUGCUGGCGGAGAUCUACACUUGUCUGGGAUACUCCUUCUAUAAGAUGGUGAAGCCUCAGGCGUCCCUGCAGUGCUGGAGGCUGGCGCUGAGGAUGGACUUCCAAUGCCUGUCCGCCCUAUACCACAGUUCUGUCCUGUACCGUGACAUGGGAGACACAGAGUCUGAGCUGGAGGCCCUCGCUCUGCUUCAUACGGCCCUAGAAAAUCCAAGCGAAGACGAUUCCUGCAGAAAGAUGUCUUUUCCGUUCAGAACAGAGCUGAUUGUCAGGACUUCAGUUCUGAGCAGUUUCAUCCACACACCAGAUACCUGCGAGGUAAAAUAUCUCAUGGCGAGGCAGUGCCUGCAGAACGGAAGGACAGAACAAGCAGUGGGACAUUACCUGGAGCUGAUUAGCGCUCUGCAGGACGGGUCUCAGCCGCAGGGUCUGUGCUCCAGUCCUGCUCCAUUGCCCAGGAUUCCUGUCAUUUAUCUCGAAGCCUCAGCAGCUCUUUUGGAGAAUAAGAGGUUCGCGGACGCCAUCACUGUAUGCUUGGAGGUCCUGAACACUCUUCGUCAUCUGACCACGGGUGAUAUCAGUAUAGACCAUGAGAAGGCAGAGUCUAUGAGCGAGCAGCUGAACUGUGUCCUAUGGGCAGCCUCGGCUCAUCUUCUGCAGGGAGAGGCCCUGAGCAUGCUGGGAGAUCACAGAGAAUCUGUCGCUGACUUCACAAGGUGCAUAAACUUAUUGACGAAAAUCCAUUGUGGUGAUUCUGGAUCGGUAGAACUCACUGAAUAUAAAGUGUGGCGAAUCCUAAAAGCAGCCGCCCUCCUGGGGAGAGGCCACCAGUUCCAGCAGAUGGGGGAGGACAGGACGGCUCUGAUGAACGCCAAACUCAGCCUGCAGAUUGCCCCAGCCUUUCCAGGUGUGACUUUAUGUCUAUUGGAUGCUCUGCGGAGACUGGGGCGGAAGAAAGAAGCCGCAUGUGAAUGGAGGAAGUUCCAGAGCAACAAGGAAAUAUUACAUCAGCAGUGGGAGGAUAUCAAAGGUGAUCUGCCCCUGUACCUGUCUAUCAUCAGCCGGAAAGCAGAUUCCAUGGAUGCAUCUCUGGUGAAAGAACUGGAGUACUAUGUGCAAAAUGAAUAGAAGAUGACGACGACUCCUAGCUGCACAUCCGGGGCCAUGAAGACGUGAAUUUUAUGUCAUCAUAGACUCUUGUUACCUAUUCAGUGGCAAAACUAUGAAGUGGCUGCAGCCUAAGGGCGGCUCACAGACUCCCCCAUAAGAGGACAGCAGGAUUAUAAAUGGUGGUGUUGCUACAGGGGUUAUUUCACGAAAAGUACUUAUCCCCUAUCCACAGAAUAGGUGAUAAAUGUUGGAUCGCUAGGGCUCCCACCACUGGAGAGCAGUCCACAGAUUCCCUCUCUGAAUGGAAUGGUCUGACGCUCUAGUAACCUCUAUGGGACUGAUGUAGACGGUACUCUUAGUCCCAUAGAAGUCUGUGGAGAAGUGAACCAUUAGGUGCACUACCACUAUUCGGAGAGGAGACUCAAGGACCCUCCACUCUCAGAAUCAUUAGGGGUUCCAGCAGCUGUUAUCCCCCCAGCAUUUAUCAACUAUUCUGUGGACAGGUGAGAAAUAUAUUUUGUGGGCUAGCUCCUUUAAAGAGGACCUCUCGGCAGGAUAAACCCUAUAAAUCCAGGCGUUCUGACUGGUAGGGUUGAUCCUGCUGAUUAAAACGAAACCCGUGUGGUUAAAAUAUGUUUGGCCAUACCAAAGAAUAAAGUUUUAUCUUAUAUACAAAUUAGGUCUUCAGUGCAUCAAAGGGCAGGCCCUAUCUUCUCCGUGCUCUUCAGUUCCUCCGCUUUCCUGCAUUCGCCGCACCCUCAUUGUCCUCUUGCCUGGUCCUGUCAACCUGCACAUGCAUCUAUGAUUCAAUAAUCAGCGCAUGCACAGUACAUGUCCUUCAAGUUUCCCCGCUGCCAAGAUGACUACUGCGCAUGUAGAAUCUACAGCGUAUGCAAGGAAUUCCAGGGCCAGGCAAGAGCACAAUGAGAAUGUCCUGUCAGUCAUCGGGAGGCGGCGUGGCAAACUACAAAGCUGAGGGGGAUAGGGCCUGCCCACCGUUGCACUUAAAGGGGUUUUCUGAAACCUUACUACUGAUGACCUAUCCUCUGUCUCAGUGUCUGCAAAGCCAAUCCGCCUUAUGUCAGAUACACAGGUAUUCUCAUUUCAGACAAUUAUGGGUACUGUGGAUAUGCCACAAAUGUCGGAAUUGGGAAAACCCUUUUAAGGCCCUCACUUUGUGCUCAGGGUGAUACUAUAGCUGGAAUAUUAAUAUUUUCCAUCACUAGAACUAAGAACCCUGAACAAUUAAAGGGGUUGUCUCAAAAAAAAUAUUCUACAGUGUUCAAACCAGCACCUGGAUCUGAAUACUUUUGUGAUUGCAGGUAAUUAAACAUUUAGUAUAGCCACUGAGUUAUUCAAUAACAUG